AAAGUCUGUCACGCGGGCGCGCGCUGCUUGUCACCACUGACUGUUGCACACGGAGGAAACGGUCGGCUGCUCUCUCUCGGGCUGUGCUCAGACCCUAUCUCUUAUCUCACCCGCCCUCGGUCUGUUUACACGCAAAACAGUCCGUUGUUGACUGGAAUACGAUACGAAGAUCCUGCUACUAGGCAGGUUUUCUACACGUGUUCUACUGCUCAGUAUGCCAGAACGCAUGGACUAAUUUAACGACGAUGGCUUCGUUGCGAAUGGUCGCCAAACUCCGGGCUAGAGUUGUCGGAUGUACUAAACCGUUCAGCUACGCACUCAAUACAACCCGAUCUCCUGUGAGAUUACUGCAUACGAUCCAUCCCAGACAGCCACAGUGGAGGUGUCCUCCCCAAGUGGUCUUCUGCAGUACUGUAGCACCCUCUAGUGAUGUGGUGUUGCAGUAUAAACAUGGACGACCGGUGCUGGCUGUACCGCUACCCUCCAGGCAGGAGAGCUGUCUGUUCUUCCUCAGGCCCAUGUUAAUGACUGUAGGAGACCUCAUCCACGACCUGCAGAGAGAAGACCCAGGAGUCACCUCUGCCUCUGUGCUCACCAAAGAUGGUGCACGGGUAGCUAACAGCACCUCUAUAGACACCACCCCUAUGGUGCAGGACCAGCACCUCUAUAGACAGUCUCCCAAAGACAGCUAUCAGAUGCUGUACCAUCCAGAAAGAGGUCCCAAAACAUAG